CCCAUUCUCGCACUUCUUUUCUUUGCUAACGCGUGUGGUGUUGUACAAUGCCUGAGCCGGCAAAAUCCGCUCCCGCGCCCAAGAAGGGCUCGAAAAAGGCGGUCACCAAAGCCCAGAAGAAGGAUGGCAAGAAGCGCAAGCGCAGCCGCAAGGAGAGUUACUCCAUCUACGUGUACAAGGUGCUCAAGCAGGUGCACCCCGACACUGGCAUCUCGUCCAAGGCCAUGGGCAUCAUGAACUCGUUCGUCAAUGACAUCUUUGAGCGCAUCGCCGGCGAGGCCUCCCGCCUGGCGCAUUACAACAAGCGCUCAACCAUCACGUCCCGGGAGAUCCAGACGGCUGUGCGCCUGCUGCUGCCCGGCGAGCUGGCCAAGCACGCCGUGUCCGAGGGCACCAAGGCCGUCACCAAGUACACCAGCUCCAAGUGAGUCCCUGCCGGGACACGGCGCUCGCACGGGUCGCCGGCCGCUUGACUCCAAAGGCUCUUUUCAGAGCCACC